UUGUAAGUUAACCGAAUAUACUUCCGACCCGCGCAAACGCAACGUAACUGGAACUCUUUGUUCAUCUCGUUUCAACAUCUCUCCGAUGGCAACUUCCGAAUCAAAACCAAAUGAUCAGCUGAUUCCCUUGCCGGAAUCUGAAUCGUUACCGGAAUCUGAAUCCCAGCUCUCAGCUCUCAUUUUCGAUAUAUCACAACAGGCUCAAGGGGCUAUGGAGAAUAUGCUUAGAAUGAUCAGUGAAAUUGAUCAAAACGCUGUUGGAAUAGUGGAAGACAUAGAAAAGUGCAGGGGUUCUGCUCUUGACAGAAAGGGAGUGUUGGAGGAAGAGAAACAACAAUUUCAACAAGCUGCUUACACUGUUUUAGACAUGCUCAACAACGGAGGAGGGGGAAUGCUGAAAUUUUCUUGAUCAUGACCUGUGGUUUUCAAAGUUUAACUAGAGCUUGAGGAAUCAACCUGUAAAGAUAGCUGGGGGGUUAUGAGUUAUGAAUGUAUGGGAUAUUAUCUUCCGUUGAAUGGUGAAUACAAUACGCUAUUUUUGCUUAGUCUACAUCAGAACAAAUCCUCAUGUAAUCCCUUCCUAUUGUCUUGCCUUCAGUUCUGGGUUCAUUAAAAUUUAGGAUAUGCAAGCUUAUACUUUGUCUGAAUAUCCUUCAAUUGCCAAUCACAUUAUCACUUCGAAGCAACAUAAGUUUUCUUAAAGAUAUUGACAGUCCAAUUAGAUAUUUAUUUAUAAAAGUAGUAGUUUUGUGAUUUA